CCUCCCACUUUGCCAUUUCGGCCCAAGAGAACCCGAGAUGCCAUUCUCUCUCGCGCUUCCUCACCUUCCUCUCUCUCCUCUUCCCAUUCCUAUCAAAUCCCUAAUCUCUCACAAAUCCCUCGCCCUCCGAAAUCGCCACCGUCUUCUCACCCCCGCCUCUGCCGCCGCCGCCUCCAAUUCCCCCUCAGCUCCUCACCGCCCUGAGUUCUCGCACUGGGAUACCAUGACCUCGAAGCUCGCCGGUGCGUCUAACAUCCCCUUCCUCCUCAUUCAGCUGCCCCAGAUCAUCCUCAACUCCCAGAACCUCCUCGCCGGCAACGCGUCAGCUCUCUUUGCCAUACCCUGGCUGGGGAUGUUGACUGGGCUGCUUGGGAACCUGACACUGCUGUCUUACUUUGUGAAGAAGAAGGAGGUGGAGGCUGCUGUCGUGCAGACUCUGGGGGUUGUAUCAAUUUACAUUGUUAUUGCGCAGUUGGCGAUGGCUGGAGCUGUGCCUCUACCCCAAUUCACGGUGAUCUCAGUUGUGGUGGCUGCUGGCCUUUUUCUGAACUUUCUGUAUUACUUUGGUCGGCUUUCAGACUUGUUUUGGUUUGCUUGGGAGGAUUUCGUCACCAUUGGUGGGCUAUCUGUGCUUCCUCAGGUUAUGUGGUCAACAUUUGUUCCUGUUAUACCAAACAGCGUUUUGCCAGGGACGAUUUCUUGCAGUGUGGCGGUUGUGGCUGUCACUAUGGCACGCUUUCGGAAACUUCCUGAGAAAGGAGUGAAAUUUAUCCAAUCAAUAUCUGGGUGGACUGCCACUUUCCUUUUCAUGUGGAUGCCCAUUGCCCAAAUGUGGACGAAUUAUCUGAACCCAGAUAACAUCAAAGGCGUAUCUGCGCUUACAAUGUUGCUUGGGAUGAUUGGAAAUGGACUCAUGAUCCCACGAGCAUUAUUUAUUCGUGAUUUGAUGUGGUUCACAGGUUCAUCAUGGGCAUCGUUUUUGUAUGGAUGGGGAAACUUGCUCUUCAUGUACUGUUUCAGCAGUGUAAACAGGGAAUUGUUCUGGUUGGCCACAGUCAGCUUGUAUACAUGGCUAGGAUUAACCUUCUGGAGAGAUUCCAUAGCUUAUGGGCACAUCUCACCAAUACAAUCUAUGAGGGAAUUGAUUUCUCGAACUUGACAUGAUUGUUUCUCCAUAUUGCUUUGUCAGUUGGCACAUUCAGGUUCUACUAACUGGGUGAUAACACAAAGAAUAUUAUGAGAAUAAUCCUCAACUAUUCUCAACUAUUCUCUUGCUUAAAUUAACUCUUCUAAUUAAGUUAUUGUAUAUUUUGUGAUAUGGUAGAUAUUUGAAAUUUUUUUUGU